UCCCUUGCUGGGCUCAGCCCACUUCAAAAUACAUUCUUAGCAUUCUCGUUGUCAAACAUUCCCAGAUUUCCUCUCGGUCGUUCUAUCACCAAGAGCUAUUUCUCCUUUGUUUUAUCCAGCGUGUGUUUUAUGGACGGUGGCUUAUUUACAUAACUUCAAAUGAGCGGAAAGCGGCUUAAGCCGUUUUCUUUCGACGCUACUUUUGUAGACAAAAGUGGAAAGAAAUCGAGGAAAACUUUUUCGCUAACGGCGGAAUCCACGCUUCGUACCCCACGAACCUGUUCAGUUGAAAAUGAACAACCUGAGAUCGUCGAACCUUUCUCGUUUGAGGAGUUUAGUGAGAGCGGUUCUGGUCUAUCUUCGUACGAGAAAAGACAUAUCGCCAACAUCCAGAAAUGGGACAACAUAAGAAGACAGUUGUUUGAUUCUUAUGUGGAGGAAUGCUGUUUUCCGACUGACACAACAUGUGUUUACUGCCUCCAAGAACCAGCAACACUGCGAUGUCAAUAUUGUGGCCCCAAGCAGUACUUCUGCCUUGAAUGUGCUAAUAUUUUGCACAGUGUGAGGAACCAUUUUCAUGUUUUGGAAAAAUGGAAGGAGGGGAUGUUCACCCCUUAUGUGGUCAACGGAUUACUGUAA